AUGGAGAGGGCAGGCGGCGCACAGGCGACGGGCAAGUGGCGGUCUGGCUCCGGUGUGACGGCAACAGCAGCUCCAAUCUUCAAGCGAGCUGCUUCUGUUUCUACUAUCUUCGCUUUAGCUUCUGCUUCUGCUUCUCAACAACAAUCUCGAGGGCCCAAUACCGUCCUUGAUCGGCAAUCUAUCCCAGCUCGGGUUCUUGGACCUGGCGGGAAAUUUCUUCGAAGGGGCGAUUCCUCACUCCAUUGGACAAUUGAAAAGCUUGAAAAGCUUGAUUUGACCCUAAACGAGUUGACCUCUUCGAUCCCUUCGGAACUCGGGCUCUGUUCUAACCUCACCUUCUUAGCCCUUGCCCAGAAUUCGAUCUCUGGGGAGCUGCCUCUCUCACUCAAUCUGGUUAGAUUGUCAGAAUUUGGAGCUUCAGAGAAUCGUCUGUCUGGUGAGUUACCGCCUGAAUUCUUCACGAAUUGGACCAAACUUAUUUCUCUGCAGCUCCAGAACAAUUUUCUCUCCGGGCAAAUUCCGACUGAAAGAAGCUUGACCAAGCUCAAUUGCCUCUUCAUGUACAGCAAUUGGCUAUCCGGGAAAAUUCCGCCCGAAAUUGGAAGCCUGACCAAGCUCAAUUACCUCUCCUUGGAAAACAAUUCGCUCUCCGGCCCAAUCCCACCCGAAAUCGGAAGCCUGACCAAGCUCAAUUUCGUCAACAUGCGCAGCAAUUUGCUCUCAGGGACUAUUCCUCCGGAGGUCGGGAAUCUCACAUUAUUGACCGAUCUCGACCUCAGCAUGAACCAGUUUUAUGGAGAGGUCCCCGAGACCAUCUCCCGCCUUGCUAACUUACAGUGGAUCUCUUUGUUCACGAACAAUUUCUCGGGAGGAAUACCACGUGAUUUCGGCAAGUACAGCCCUUCUCUUAUGUAUGUUGCCUUUUCACACAACAGCUUCACUGGAGAACUGCCGCCAUAUUUGUGCAGUGGCUUUGCUCUUAUAUAUCUCAUGAUCGAUGGGAAUAACUUCACGGGGCCGCUGCCCGACUGUUUGAAGAAUUGUUCGUGGCUAACGAGAGUCCGUCUAGAGCACAAUCAGUUGACUGCAGAUAUCAUGAGUGCGUUCGGAGUUUAUCCGAAUCUGGUCUUUAUAAGACUCAACAACAACCGAUUUGUUGGGAAUCUCACGGCACAAUGAGAGUGCACAAAUCUCACGAAUUUCCAGAUAGAUGGUAACAAAAUUGCCGGCCGCAUCCCCCCGGAGCUUGGAAAGUUGUCUCAGUUGCGUGUCCUGACUUUGUACAACAAUGAAUUGACUGGGAAAAUUCCUGACGAGAUAGGAAAUCUAGGGGAGUUGCUUAACUUGAACUUGAGCAACAACCAUUUGGUCGGAGAUAUUCCCAUCUCGUUAGGAAACUUAUCGAAGUUAAAUUAUCUUGAUUUGUCGAAAAACGCAAUGAGUGGUAGCAUACCAGACGAGCUAGCGAAUUGCAAGAAUUUAUUGAGCUUGAACUUGAGCAACAACAAUCUGUCGGGUGUCAUACCGCCAGAGCUCGGGAACUUGUUUGUGCUACAAAUUCUUCUAGACCUGAGCCACAAUUCAUUAGCAGGAUCAAUUCCAUCCAAUUUAGGAAAGCUUACUAAACUGGAAAAUCUCAAUCUUUCGCAUAACAGCUUCUCAGGUACAAUCCCAGCAACUCUCACUGGCUUGGUGAGUUUAAGCUCCAUAGACUUAUCGUACAACGAGCUGACAGGUGCAAUUCCUAGUGGUCGCCUAUUCCAACAAGCACCGGGAAGUGCUUUUAUCGGGAAUCCGGGCUUGCGAGGAAAUGUGACGGGAUUAUCUCCUUGUGUGACAGGUAGUAAAUCGGCCACCAUAGGAAAAAAAGUCCUGGUUGGUGUAAGUGUUGGCAUUUUCUGUUUACUACUUCUAACUCUAAUUGCAGUGAUUCGGCACUUCGGUGCCAAAAAGCUUCUCGACGAAAAGCAAGAGAUCAAGCGUCUUAAAGAACACGAGAAAUUUGAGCAGAUCAUAUGGGAAAGGUUAGGGAAGUUCACAUUCAGUGACAUCACCAAGGCCACCAAUGAUUUUAGCGAAGAGUAUUGCAUUGGAAAAGGCGGGUUUGGGAGCGUUUAUAAGGCCGUAUUGGCCAGUGGCCAAAUCGUCGCCAUCAAAAAGCUCAACACAUCAGAAUCCGGAAACAUACCAGCGGUCAACUGCCAGAGCUUUGAGAACGAAAUUCGCGUGUUGACUAGGUCCCGGCACCGCAAUGCGAUCAAGCUCCACGGUUUCUGUUCCAAGAGGGGUUGCAUUUACUUGGUCUAUGAGUUUGUCGAGAGAGGCAGUUUGGCAAAGGUCUUGUAUGGAGGAACAAGAGCAGCUGAACUGGACUGGGGUACAAGGGUGAAGAUUGUUCAAGGCGUGGCUCACUCGAUCGCCUACUUGCAUCACAAUUGCUCACCGCCUAUCGUCCAUCGAGACAUAACGUUGAACAACAUCUUGCUCGAGUCAGACCUCGAGCCUCGGCUCUUAGAUUUUGGGAUAGCGAGACUCUUGAAUUCAGGCUCGUCGAAUUGGACCACAAUGGCCGGAUCUUAUGGCUACAUGGCUCCUGAGUUAGCAAUUACGAUGCGGGUAACGAACAAAUGCGAUGUGUAUAGCUUUGGCGUAGUGGCGCUAGAGAUUCUGAUGGGGAGGCAUCCCGGGGAUCUUCUUUCUUUAUCAAUGACAAAAACAUCGACAAUCUCGGAGGACCCAAAUUUGCUGUUGAAGGAUGUGCUCGAUCCGCGUCUUCCUCCUCCAACUGGCCAACGAGCCAAGAAAGUGGUAUUCAUCAUCAUGGCGGCACUGGCAUGCACGCACACGAGCCCCGAUUCACGACCCACCAUGCAUUUCGUGGCGAGAGAAUUAUCUGCACGUGCUCAAACUUACUUUGAGCCGUUAGGCUCCAUAACUAUAAGCAAAACUAUCGAAUCUUCAGGAGUAAAAUUUUAA